CUCUGUGAUUUGUCGAAAAAUCUUUAGAGAUCAUCGAAAGAAUCAUGGCUUUGAGGUUUUUGCCGAAAAUACCUCUUCAGGUUUUUACUGGGAAAUUAAUGUCCAGAUCAUUUUCCACAUCAAAAGUAUCGCUGGACAAGAUUUAUGAGCCAGAUUACCUGAAGCUUAUGGAGUCUCCUAUUCCGAUGUACGAUCGAUUGAAUAUUCAAAUCAAAGGUUAUGACUAUCCUGUCCUCGAAAGUUAUCAAAAGUUUGUUCAUCACACUGCAGAAGCUAUGUUAAUCGAUGUCGAAGAUGGAUGGGCUUUACCACCUCAACAUUUAAAAGUCAAGAAAUUUAUGCCGAGAAGUGCCAUUACAGAUAGUGAAUAUGAUCUCAAAAUCUAUGAACGAAACGUACAGAUAUCUGAUGUGUAUAGCCACGAUCUAAGUCUGUUCCUAGAAAUUAUUGAAGCAGCUCUUCCUGAAGGUGUUAAAAUGCAUGUUCAUGAGCAUUUACCAGAGCACGAAAAAGUAAGGUAUAUCCCAGAUUCUGAACUGAAACAAUUGGAGAUUGAAUUGGAGGCAAUGGGUGGGCCAAGGAGAUUGUAAAUUUUGUAAGACAGAUUGAUCAAGCACCCUAAGAGUAAGAUGAAGGUAUUCUAUUUUCUAAGCGUCUAAGUAGACAAGUAACUAAUGAUUUAUCAUUGAUCAUGGAUUUCUGUCAAGCAAACAGAUCUGUUUCCUCUGUUCAAGAGAAGAGACUUUCAUACUUGGUCAUGAAUUAUUGUAUGAAACAUAUCUAUUAAAGUGGCAAGGCGUGAAUCAACAACUACAAAUUGUUUUUUUCUCAUUUAAAGCUAUGGUAAGGAAUCGAUUAUUGAGUUUUUCAUUGUGAAGCGAAAUCCCUGAUAAUCGAUCCUUUUCCAUAGGUUUAAAUGGUGAUUUCAAGUACUGAGGUUCCAAGAGCUGGAAGUAUGUCACAAGGUUUGACUUUGUACAUACUUCUUUUCUUAGAAAACUUUUGCGUCAAAAUUAAUGUGUGUAAAGUUGGAGACAAUCUAUCAAACUUGAAAUUAAUUCUCAAUAGCCUGGAUUUAAUACCCUCUUGCACAUCAAUUUUGAGCAGUCAGAAUAUCCAUGUAUAUUUCGAUUUCCCUGCAAGAUAACUAUCCAAAAUUGAAGGAAACCUCUCACUUCUCAGUUUGAGUGUUGCAUAAUUUACCAUUACGUUUUUACUUUUUAACAUCGGAAGAAAUGCUUGUAAAGAGAUGGGAUUUCAAUUGAAUAUUUUUCAUAAUUUAAUGAUAUCUUCAGCACUGAUCUUAAGUGAAUGAUCUAGCAGUUUCAUCGUAAAAAAAGAAAUUGUUGGAGGAGACUCCGAAACAUUGUAAUGGAGGAAUGCCUUUUUCUUAUGUAAGGUUGACUUUUUCGCCCCCUUCAAACUUCAAUGCUUAAGAAAUCACACUUUGAGAUUUCAAGAAUAUAGUUGGUUAGUUUCUUUAGAAAGUAACAAAGGACAUUCGUACCGGUGCAAUGCUUGUUUGUUCUUUUGGGUUUAAGUGAUCGAAUCACCUCUGUAAAUUGAAUAUCUAAUCCUUUUUUUGUUCAAACUUCGAUUUUUUUAAAUUAUGUUGUUUUGAUUAUGUUGUCUUGUAAAAUUUGGAUAAAAAGUAAAUUUCAAAAAAUAAAAAUAUGAAUGUAGGAA